GUAAUGUAACCGUUCAUUAAAACUAACCAGACAAAUUAAUGAAACAUUGUUGUCACGACUUUCAAUUAAUAGUUUAAUACAUGUAUGUAUUUAAUCAGUGAUUACAAAUUUAGUGAAUAAACACUUUAUAUGGCGAGUGCUUCGUUAUCGCCGGGCCCUUGUGGUUCAGGGACUCCUGACAGUGUGAAGAGUAACAAAAAACGAAAGGGCCCCAACAGUACUAGAGAUUCCGAUGAUGAGGACAGUCAGGCCGGGAUGUCAUUUGGGGGCAGUGACCAGGCAGACAAGGAGAAGUUUGCCAGGGAAAGCCACUGUGAGAUAGAGAGGAGGCGGCGUAACAAGAUGACAACGUACAUCAAUGAGCUCUGUGACAUGGUUCCCACUUGCUCCACACUGGCUCGGAAACCGGACAAGCUUACCAUCCUCCGAAUGGCCGUCUCACACAUGAAAUCACUGCGUGGUACAGGGAACACAAGCACAGAUGGCUCCUACAAGCCGUCCUUCCUGACAGACCAGGAGCUGAAACAUCUCAUACUGGAGGCAGCGGAUGGGUUCCUGUUUGUGGUGCAGUGUGACUCCGGCAGGAUCAUUUACGUGUCUGACUCCAUCGUUCCAGUCUUGCACCAGUCUCAGGGCGAUUGGUUUGGUAACUGCAUGUUUGAACUCGUUCAUCCAGACGAUGUGGAGAAAGUGCGUGAGCAACUGUCCACAACAGAGUCACAGAACACGGGCAGAAUUCUCGACUUGAAAACUGGGACUGUAAAGAAAGAAGGUCAUCAGUCCUCCAUGCGCCUGUGCAUGGGGUCCCGUCGCGGCUUCAUCUGCCGCAUGAAGAUGGGCAACAUGCAGGUGGACCCCAUGACGGCCAACCACUCGCUGCGGAUACGCCAGAGGAACACGCUGGGCCCCUCAACCGAUGGGAACCACUAUGCAGUGGUGCAUGUGACGGGGUACAUCAAGAAUUGGCCGCCUACAGGUGUGCAGACGGAGGAUGACCAUGGCAACAGCCACUGCUGCCUGGUUGCCAUCGGCCGUCUCCAGGUGACUAGUGCCCCCAACUGCUCUGAUAUCAUGGGCAAUAAUUCCAACGAGUUCAUCUCCAGGAUUACUGUUGACGGGAAAAUUACAUUCAUUGACCAAAGGGUGACAAGCCUAUUGGGUUAUCAGCCCCAGGACCUGCUUAACAAGUCUGUGUAUGACUUCUACCACCCAGAGGACCAGGCCCACAUGAAGGACACCUUUGAUCAGGUGUUGAAGUUGAAAGGUCAGGCCAUGUCCAUCAUGUACCGGUUCCGAGCCUCUAACAGGGAAUGGGUGUGGCUGCGAACGACCAGCUUCAGUUUCCAGAACCCCUACACAGAGGAGGUGGAGUACAUUGUCUGUACCAACACUGCUGCAAAGACUGGUCAGCAGUCGGCUUCCUCCUCCACUGUUGGCGCUGGCGGGUUGAUGGACCAUUCAACGGAGUCUAACCCCCCACUGAACAGCUUCUCCGCUCCUAGACCAAUGGUGGCAACCUCAGACCCAAACACUAUGGGACCCAGCAACAAACCAGAUUAUAGGGAUCAGUUUGGCUCUGUGCCUUACCGGCAGAUGGUGAGGCCGGGCAACAUGUACCCUGGUUUCCCGUCCCAGUCCCCGAUGAAGACCCCCCCUCAGGCCACUGCUACCAGCAUGCACUACCAGAGGCCCGGCCCUGUCUCAGCCAGCUGGGGCUCACCUCCAGGACACUUUUCACAGACACAGGGUGGGGCAGACUACAGUGCCCAGAGUGGUGGGGCGGCAGGUGGUCCUGGCUUCUCUCAGAUCAGUCCCAACAGUGCAUCACCUGGAGCCCAGGGGGGUGGAGGCAUGUGGCAGUCGGGCUGGCAGAGUGGAGCCACUGAAGGACAGCCGCCCCAGGGUGGGGGCGACGCGCCAGGGGGUCAGCAGGAGGAAAACUUUAGUGAGAUGUUCCGCAUUCUGGACCAGCAGGGUCAAGAGUUCACUGACCUCUCCGGCAUGUUUAAUACAUUUACUGACUGAUCGAGAGCCAAGAGUUCGAGGUGAUUUUUUGUACUCUGCAAGGAUCCUAUAAUAAGAGGUUUACUAUCAGCCUCUAUGGGCAGUGUGUUUAUGUAUUGUUUUUCCAGGUGUAACUUGUUAAGGUUGACAUCCGGUUAUACUCUUAUACUGUUAUGAUGGCAAAGAGAUCGUCUGAAUUUACUGUCUUUUAUUUCUGGUUAUACAUGGAUUGUAUUGCUGGGGUAUGAAGCAGAACAACUUGAAUGGGACUAUUUUCCGUUUGGUUCCGUUUAAUUGUUGUGUUGUCAGAAGAUAUCUGCAUGUCUAGUGCAGGUUAAUAUUGAAUCAAGUCUUUGAUUUCAAACUUUAUUUUCUUAUUACAGCAAACAGUCAGUGAUCUUUCUUUUACAAAAAUAGUAGUUAUCAGCGUGUUUGAAAUAUUCUCUUGCAUCAAAAUUAGCAAUUGAUAAUUCAUCUGAGGAAGACCAUGAAUGUUUCACUUGUUUGAGACAAAAACUGAAGUAGCUUGAUGGCUGUUUCCCUUGUAUAGUAAAUAUUAAGUGAACUUUUAAGAUUCAUUUAAAACGACUUAGUGAUUUAUGGUAGCAGCAACAUUUGGAACUUCAGAGUAAAGUCUAAAUAAUCAUGCAAACUUGAAAACAUGUUAUAGAUAUGAUAGGGUUGCUGAUAUAUAUACUAAAAAACUGUUGUUUUUUAUGACGAUUUUGUACGGAAAAUAUUUGUAAUAAGUACAUAUGUGCAUGUUACCUCCUUUUUGGAUGUUAAAGGCAAUUUUUAGAGUUUUUAGAAAAGAAUUGUUGUUGAAGUAUUUAUCUUUACUGUUUUAUGUUUACCUGUUGUUUCGCAGAAUGUUGUAAUGAAUGAUUUUUUUCCCUGGUCAAUGUCAAUGUACAUAUUUUGUACAUAUAUACAUAUAAGUGUAUGUUAAGAUUGUGAAGUGUAAGUAAUAAGACUAUUUUAGCUUAGUAAAAAUAGCUAACAAAAAGGUAGCAACAUGCUUUAAUAUUCCCAUACCGGUUAGUCUAAUGUUAUUAACUGCAUUGAAAAGACCAUUUAUGCAUCUUAGUCUGUAUUACUUAAAAUUAAAUUUUUAAGUCAGAGGUCUUUAUUAUGUUCAUAGCUGCAUAUUGUAUUGGAGAAGUUUAGUAAGGUAAUAAUCAUUAUCCUGCAUUAUAUUUUUUUGUCAAAACGUUUAAAAGAAAUAUUGCCACGUUUAUACAAAGAAUCCUCAUUAUUUGCAAAUGAAUUUAGUUUAAGCAUAAAUGUUAUUUUUUCUUUUAUCUUCCCCAGCAUCUACAGAUGCGGCGAUUCAUAUAAUGAUUGGCUUACUAAUGUUGAGUUUUGAGACAAGACUGGAAUGUGGGGGCAUCAGUGCACUAUGGACACACGUCUUCAUUAGAAUGAUUUGCAUAAAAAGUGACCAUUAUUUUGUGAAAGAGUUUGGUGUUUUACUUUUAGUUUACAUAUGCUCUUUUGCUGUACAACUUUGUCUACUUAUUCUUGAUAAUAAUACAUUAUAUAAUUGUUUUAGAACUGUGUUAUUAUUUUGCCUAUAUAAAAUAGGGUUCCAGACAAGUUAAAAAAAACAAGUUCUCAGUAACACACUGUCAAGGCAGAAUCCGUAAUACUUUAGUUGAAUAGUUAUAUUUUAGACAAAAGUCAAAUGAAUUCGUCUAGUUUUUCAAUUUUAAUUUUUAGUUGAACUUUUUGUAUAUAAUGGUAUUUUAUUAUGAAAUGCAUUGGUUGAAAUUUGUUUUGUUGCAUAUUUACUGAAAAUGUGCUGUUAAUUUAUAAAUUAUAAGUGCAAUCAUUACUGUGUUAGGUUAAUAAUUAAAUAGUCAAUAUCACAGGAAAAUAAUUCUGAACUUUUAUUAAAUUUAAGUAUAUAUAGUUUUUUUAACAUUGUAAAAAGUUUUGUAUUUAUUUUUUGACAUGAAGAAAAUUAGAUAUUGAAUUCUUAUCCUGUCACAUGCCUUUAAAUCAGCCCGAUAACCAGGUAACCUAAUAUCCCAAAAGAUAUUAGGCUAGAUGACCACGUGAUCUCGAAUAUCCGUCAGUUGCUCUCCGCGCAUGCGCAUGCCUGUCCUUUUUCCUUUAAAUAAAAUAUACUUUAUUUCAAUUUAAAAAAAUACAAAAUAAAUAUAAAGUACUGUUUGUUUAAACAUUAUUGUUUUAACAGCAUAAUUUAGUCUUUGUGCAUUGAAUUAAUAACGAUUGACUCGAUUUCUGUGUUGUUUAACAAGAUGAAAGCUAGCCUAAGCGUUUUGCAUGACGUGACAUCACAAUGUUUUUGUUCGAGUGUUUUUUUUCCCAUAUUAAAUAUUUAAACACAAAAUAAUCGAAAACUAGAUAUUUUAGAAACAUUUCAACGAAUGUUGUAAAUGUGACAGGAUAAAUAGAAUAAUAUGUUAGUGACGUGGAUGGAGAAUGGUUAUCUGGCUCGUCGGAGGAUCUUAUCGGGUGAGCCUUCGGCUCACCCGAUAACUUCCUUCGACUUGCCAGAAAACCAUUCUCCAUCCACGUCAUUAUUCUCUAUUUAUUCAUAUUUUUACCAUCAGAAUUCAUGCAGCAAUCGUAGAAAACAAAAGUCGUCAUGUACACUUCUUUAUAAUUCAGUUUAAGAACGAUGUCGUUUUUCACCAUAUUAACGUAUGCAUUAGAGCAGGCUUAUGCAUUUAAUUACAGUCGCCCCUCAUGUAAAUUCACUUUUCAGAUCUAGUUGCCAUGCUCUUGUCAUACAAGCUUUGUGUAUUUGUUUUAGGAGGUAUUUGAGUUUCGUUAGAAGGUUUUUAUUGAUGUAACUACAGCUUUAACUUUUUGAAGUGUUUUUUCUCAUGCAUAAUUUCAUACAUAAUUAUUAUUCAGAAAAUUGCAUACCAUUUAUCAAUGAAAAAAACCCAAAGACAAAUGUAUUGGUUUGAAAAUUAUAUGCAAAGCUCAUGAAACAUUUAUUUGUCAAAGGCAGUUUAAAUAAUAAUCUUAUGUUUAGUGUUUUAAUCCAGUUUAUCACAUACAACUGUAGAAGUUCAUGUUGGAGUAACUGUUGCACACUUUCAGCAUCAUAUGUUUACAUAUUGUUCAUUUAUUUGUUAAACAUGUCUCCCUAUAAUUUUUUUGCACAUACUUUGUUAAGUCUUUUUUUCCAGUUUUUAAAUAAUGAAAAACAUUAAUCUCCAAAAAAUAUUUUUUUAAUGUCAAUUUGUUAAGUCUAUUAAAACUGUUUGUUUAUGUAUUUUUUAGUUGCAGAACUUUCAUAUUAUUUUUAUAAUAAUGAUUUUUUUAUGCCUUUUAGAGAACCAACUAUCUACGCCAUGUCUGCAAGCAUUUCUUUCCAGAAAUUAAUGUAUUAAGUUAUUUGAUAUUUGUGAUGCCUUUUAGAGGACCAAAUAUCUACGCAAUGUCACCAAGCAUUUAUAUCAAGAAAAUUACAUAUAUCCAUGAAAACAUAAACUUUGCAAAGUUAUUGUUCUUUUCAAAGUCAGAAAUAUUAAUCUAUUUUUUACCAGGAACUUUUUUGUUUUUAUUAACAUUAUUUUUCACAACCAAAAACGUUUAAACUGUCCUUUGCGACAAAAUGUGAAAUUCAAAUGAAUAAACUAGUAUACUUUGGAUAUAAUGUUUUAAAAAAAAGAUAUUCGCUGUAUGUUAUAAAUAGAGCAAUUUGGUUAUACAGUAUUGUUCUGAAGAAUUUAUAAGAUCUAUGUGUUUCUUUCCUUUCUGUAUAUAAGAGAAAUAAAAUAUAUUGUCUAAAUUUA